AUGUUUUGUAUCAAACAUGACAUCUUGAUACCCAAUUUUGAUGAGCCCUAUUCUAACUCUGGAAGAUCACGACGUAAAAUUGUUGAUCAUACUGUUUUACAUCAUUUUCGUGUGGAAGUAUUUUAUAAGAUUAUUGAUUGGCAACUUCAAGAACUUAAUGAUCGUUUCAAUGAGGUGACAAGUGAUUUGUUUCAUGGAGUAGCUUGCUUGAAUCCAGUUAAUUCAUUUUCUAGUUUUGACAUCGGAAAAAUAAUGAGAAUGGCUAAAUUAUAUCCUGAUGACUUUGAUCAAUUUAGUAUGGGCGUCCUUCAGAAUCAGCUUGCCAAUUACAUUAUCGAUGUACGCGAUACUAAUAAAAGAUUCUCUGAUUUAGGUGGACUUGGUGAACUUUCAAGAAAAUUGAUAGAGACAAAGAAAAACUUAACUUAUCCACUUAUAUUUCGCUUAGUGAAAUUUGCUUUGCUUUUGCCAGUUGCUACUGCAACCGUUGAAAGAGCUUUCUCGGCAAUGAAGUAUAUUAAAAAUGACUUGGGAAAUCGAAUGGAUGAUGAGUUUUUAGACGGUUGUAUAGUGCCUUAUGUAGAAAAGAAAGUAUUUCGUACUAUUUCUAAUGAGUCUAUUAUAAAAACGUUUCAGGAUAUGAAACCUCGUCGAGUACAAUUGUAA